CUCUCCCCCUCCUCCGCUCUUCCUCCCUCCUCUCCCUGCCAUUGCUCCGCUCGGCUCGCUGCGAGGUUGGUGCUCCGCGGGUCCACGCGGCGUUGCGAGAGUGAGAGAGAGGACGAGGUCCUCCUCCUUCCGCGUCCCCCGCUCGCUGUUUCAUCCGCUUCUUCCUCCCUCCAUCUUCGCUUGUGAGCUCCUCCGCGCGUCGCGAGCCUUACUGAAACUUCUGAUCCCUCCGAAACCGAGAAAAGAGGGGAAUCUGUGAAGAGAUUUUAGCAGCAGUGCAAUGGAGGUAUUUGGAAAAUCCGUGAUUGCUGAGCCCAGCAAUGUGAUUUACUUGUCCAGUAUUCUUAACACAGAAGGGCCAAUCCCUAGUCACAAGUGUGACAAGAAUUGCCAGAACGAGCACGUCUUUGGCAACAUGUACCGUUGCAAACUGACCGGGACCACGCACAUCUGCGACAAAAACUGUAACCAGAGGAUCCUCUACGACAACCACAGCUCACUCUGCCGGGUCAGCGGGCAGCUGUUCCCGCUCUCGCCGCUGGAGCAGCAGGCGGUGAGGGGGAUCCGGAGGAAGCAUGAGGUCGACAGCAACGAAGGGUGCUCCUUUAAGCGCAGGCGAGGUGCACAACUGCAUCCAUCCCCUUUCGAGAGGUCCUACACCGCUGUGUCUCCAAUCCCAAGCCAAGUUGGAGACGGCAUGGACCUGAGCUAGAGAUAACGAGAAUCCGUCUUUUCUUGCCCACAGCUGGCUAAUGCCGUUGUUUCGACCCCUUUCUCCCUUUGACAGGAUGGAACUAUAAGAGCUUCCUUCUUUAUAGACUUACGAAGGGAUAUGAGACUCUCCUUGGAUGCACCGAAUAAAUGUCUAUGUAGUAUCAGUUCUAAUUUAUGGGACCUUGUUGUAACUCGUAAUUUUGGUUGAACCGCCUAUUCUGAAUUGCAUAGUACUUUCUGAUAAUCAUUUGAUGCUAUCGCUUAGAUUAUUUUCCUAUACUGCAUUAAUCGUGUUUACUCUAAUGGCACUUCGCCAUAACCCUUCUAUUCCAUGUCUUCUUAAGGAUACUUAUAUCUUGUGCAUGUUGGUAUGAUCAACAUAUCAACUAUGUGAAUAGCUUGAUUGGAUGAAUGAUUUUGUAAAUUUGUUAUAGAUUAAUUGGUUCUUAUAUGGGGGGUGUGAACUAACUGAAAUUUCUGCAAGGCUGUUAGUGUGUUGCCUGGCAGGCCGCUGGUAAAGUGCGACUUAUUUAUGGUUUCUUUUCAUAUAAACCCUAUGUAUUUUACAUGAUUCUCUCUUUUGCAGGUUAUGUUUCUAACAUUUUUUUCACUGUUCUUUGUUUUUACUCUUGAAAUUUAUUGUUUUGCAGGGCCUUCCAGGUGCUAACUUUUGUGGAUAUAUUUUUAUCUUUCAUAAAACUAUUUUUGUAUGAUUUUUUUUCUUUUUGAGUGUUAACCCAUUCCUUUCUUGUGCAGGUAAACUGCUGAACUGUCGUUCUGUCACCUUGUGGGAGGAAAAGAACUACUUACACCGGACCACCUGGAUCCUUUUGCAGCCUAAUCUGAUAACUACGUCUCGUGCUGAGCAGCAUGAUUUCCAAUUCCAGAUCAUGACCCAGAAGACAUGAAGCUUUGGUACUACGACUAGAGCCACUGAAACUCUAGGCUGGUAUCGAAGAAGAGCGCUAGCCUUUAGCUGAACCUUGCACUUUGGGUGCCCAAGCAAGCUGUUGCAUUUGGAGGGAUCAACAAAAAGUAGCUAUCAUCUGUAAUUUGGAGUAGAAACUCUCUGGAGACAGCAGACAUUCCUGCAACUUCUGUCGCUCUAUCCGACUAGCCUGCUUCAGCACAAGCAUAUUUUGUUCUGUAUUUUUUUGUUUAAAAAAAACAAGUGAAACCCUGGCUCUUCUAUUUAAUUAUGAAAAUACUGGUGCGCUCCGGCGUGCCCUUUGCAAUUCA